UAAUAAGCGUUGGUGAAGAAUGUAUCUUUCCUUCAGAGCUUCGUUCUUUGUUGCGAGAUAAACCUGCGUUAAUUUUUUACGAUGGUUUUGAGCCUUCAGGGAGAAUGCACAUAGCGCAAGGUCUGUUUAAAGCUAUAAAUGUUAAUAAAUGCAUUAAGAUGGGAAGAGGCACUUUUAUCUUCUGGGUGGCGGAUUGGUUUGCCUUAAUGAACGAUAAAUUAAAUGGCGACAUAAAUAAGAUAGAAUUAGUUGGAGAAUAUUUUAUUAAUGUUUGGAAAGCAGCCGGUAUGGACAUGUCUAAUGUCAAGUUUUUAAGGUCUUCCUCUGAAAUUUGCUUGAACGCUGAACGUUACUGGUUGCAGGUUUUGGACGUUGCUCGCUGUUUUAAUAUUAACAGAGUUCAGAAGUGUUGCCAGAUUAUGGGCCGAAAUCUGUCGGCAGCGCAAAUUCUUUAUCCCCUUAUGCAAUGCGCGGAUAUAUUUUUCUUGAGGGCUGACGUGUGCCAGCUCGGUGUCGACCAGAGGUCUCUCCUGUAG